AUGAGGAAGAGCAGCAACAUGGGUCGCCAAUCAGGGUCAAAACUUCAAGACUGUUCUACACAUCAAACAAAAUCAGUUCAGAGCUGUGACGGUCUAUCGGAUAUAGACAGCUACAAAUGAAGCUGUACAGACAAUUUCUGUCUUAUAGUAUCAUCCAAGAGAAACAGACCGCAAAGUGUUCCCACAGGUCGACUAAGACUAGGACGGAGACCGUAUGUCACAAAUAUUCGUUCCGAAAAGGCAUUUGAAGUAUCUGAAGUUAUUAAGCAGCAGCCAAAUGUAAUCGAAGUCAUAGCUUACAUGAAUGGCAAAAGGAAGGUCUUUGCUAAAGUUCCUCUGUCCUUAAUCCAAGUGCUGCUGGAGGAGUGCACUAAAAAGCUGAUUCUGAACAUGGCUGCACAAUGAGAGUUCUUGGCAGGCAGCUCUGCACUAGAACCUAAAGACAUACCCCAUGAUGCCGACGAUGUUUAUAUUUCAACUGAAGAGACUUUUUUAGGUCCGUUUAAAAAAAAAGAUUAAAAAAAAAAAAAGAACAGCCCAAACAAAACCAA